GAUUGCAAAUCAAGAGACGGCUGACUUUGCUUCGUUGCGUGUGUCACCGGAGAACUCCGUUUCGCGACGGAAUGACUGAUUGUAAUCACCCACCGACUUCAGUUUUUUGGUGUAUUUUUAAGAUACAAAGGACUCGUCAGGUUUGCUGACGGAAACCACGGAGUCUUUUGGGGGAAAAACAACCUAGUGGCUUCUGGAUUUUAGAGGCAGAGGCAAUAUCUCUGUGUACAGGCUACACGUAUUCUUUUUGUUCGAAAAUGAUGUCUGUGCAGAGAUUAGCUUGAUUGGGACGUGUUUUGCAAAAUGUUAUGAAAAAAUCGGGACCAAAGUGGGAAAACUAGCUUACAAAGAUCGCCCAGAUCAGUCGGAGAUACGACGUGUUUUUAUACCGGGAAAUCGCCACUAAACAAACAACGCGUUCUUUUUUAUUUAGAAAUCAUGAAAUCUGGAGUUUUCUUGUGUUAUGUGGCUAUAAGAUAAGAAAACUGUUGAAACUUUGUAGCAAUAUGUAAUAUUUUGGAAUGACAGUGAUCAUUUGCUCAGAUAGUAUAUGGUAAAGAUUUCGGCCUUUUUAACGCGUUUUUGAGCAGGGUUCUGUGUGGUGUUGGUUUUGCCGUGAAGUUCUUUUGCACCCAGCCGUGUGAUUGUGCCGAGGGCUUUGUCCGGUCCAGAUGCGGAGAGAGGGGCGGUCAAUGGGUGAACGAACGAGCUGACCACUACUACAACACACUAACCGUGUUAACAGACAUUUUUCACCGUACACAUACACACACACCGCGCCGUUAAAGGAUUUUGGUUUUGGGAGGCUAUCGAGCCGAAAUGGAGCUGCUUUCCAGGAAUGUGGCUGGUUUAUGGAUAAUCAUACUGGAGUGCCUGUUCACAUCGCUGGCCGAAGAAGAGGUUUUGAUGAAUACUAAGACAGAGACGUCAGAUCUGAAGUGGACGAUAUACUCACGCUCCAAACCUGAGUGGGAGGAGGUGAGUGGUCUAGAUGAGGAGAAUAACAGUGUGAGGACCUAUCAGAUCUGUCAAACGGAUGGCUCCUCCAGCCACUGGCUGCGCAGUAAGAUGAUUGACAGGCGGGAGGCGGUCUACGUGUACGUGGAGCUGAGGUUUACGAUGGUUGAGUGUUCGUCCAGAGACACACACCAUCGCUCCUGUAAAGAGACCUUUAAUCUGUACUACUAUCAGACAGACACAGACGACGCCACACUCACACACCCCGCAUGGAUGGAAAACCCCUAUACAAAGGUGGAUACUGUGGCAGCUGAUUUUCUGCUGCGUAAAGGCAGAGAGAAGAAGUCCAACGUGAAGACCAUCCGCGUGGGUCCUCUCAGUAAGAGGGGCUUUUACCUGGCCUUCCAGGCCCAGGGCGCUUGCAUGGCUUUGCUCUCCAUCCGCGUCUUCUUCAAAAAGUGUCCGGCGCUCACGCGCUCCCUCUCCGUCUUCCCUGAGACCAUCCCGCGCUCUCUGGUCCAGGAGGCGCAGGGUCGCUGCGUGGAGAACGCGGAACAGCUCGGGACCAAACCCAGACCACCCAAAAUGUUCUGCGGGGAGGAUGGACAGUGGGUGGAUCAGCCCACAACCACCUGCUCCUGUCUGCCUGGACACGAGCCCAGUGACGGAGACCUCCGCUGCCAAGCCUGUCUGCUGGGUCAUUUUAAGCUGGGUUCGGGGCCGGGGGUGUGUUCUCCGUGUCCUGACUACAGUUACACAGCAGGAAGAGGAGCUGCCUCAUGUGGGUGUCGUACAGGAUACUACAGAGCACCCACUGAUAGACUGGACUCCGCAUGUACACGUCCCCCCUCCUCUCCGCGGAAUGUAUUUCCUCAGAUAAACGAGACGUCGGUAACUCUGGAGUGGAGCAAACCGCUGGACAGCGGGGGUCGCACAGACCUGUCAUACGCUGUGGAGUGUGAGGUGUGUGCGAACUCUGAAGGGUCCUGUUCUCCGUGUGGAGAGAGCGUGAGUUACCGCCCCUCCCAGCGGGGUCUCCAGGGCACGCGUGUGAGUGUGUGGGGUCUCAAACCUCACACCACUUACACCUUCACCGUCCAGGCCCUUAACGGGGUCUCCACACUCAGCCUGCAGGGACCUGCCAGCAGCACCGUCAACAUCACCACCAGUCACAACGUUCCUGUUGUGGUGUCUGGAUUGAGAAGGAGUGAUGCUACGGAGUCCAGUCUGACUCUUCACUGGUCUGUUCCCGCCCAAACACAUGACAAUAUUCUACUGUACCAGCUCCGCUACUGCGAGAAGUCACAGGAGCGAGGGACAGAUGAGCCCCGUUGCCGUUUUAAGGAAAGUGAGAGUGCUCAGGUUGUGUUAAGUGACCUACGAAGAGCCACACAGUAUGACGUUCAGGUCAGAGCUCAGACGCAGGCAGGAUACGGGAACUUCGGCCCGGCCUUCUCGUUUCGGACCCUUCCGGAUGAAGAUAAUUCUUCCUCUCCCUUGCUGGUAACCGGGGUUCUUGUCGCCAUGGGGAUGGUUCUUCUCAUCACGGUCAUUGGCAUUGCCGUCUUCUGUAUCCGUAAACAGAAUCGCCUGAAGGAUCCAGAACUCAGUGAUAAGCAUAACCAGUACCUUAUGGGCCAAGGAGUGAAGGUGUAUAUCGAUCCUUUCACGUAUGAAGACCCUAAUGAGGCAGUGAGAGAGUUUGCUAAAGAGAUUGACGUCUCCUUUGUGAAGAUAGAAGAGGUGAUUGGAGCCGGUGAGUUUGGUGAGGUGUGUCGUGGACGGCUGAGGGUUCCUGGGAAAAAAGAGAACUAUGUUGCCAUUAAGACCCUAAAGGGUGGAUACACAGAUAAACAGAGGCGGGACUUCCUGUCGGAGGCAAGCAUCAUGGGACAGUUUCAGCAUCCAAACAUCAUCCACCUAGAGGGCAUCAUCACAUCCAGCUGUCCUGUCAUGAUCCUCACAGAGUUUAUGGAAAACGGAGCACUAGACUCAUUCCUACGGCUGAAUGAUGGGCAGUUUACACCCAUCCAGUUGGUGGGGAUGCUGCGUGGUAUUGCCUCAGGUAUGAAGUACCUGUCUGAGAUGAGUUAUGUCCAUCGGGACCUGGCAGCACGGAACAUUCUAGUCAACAGUAACCUGGUCUGCAAAGUCUCCGACUUCGGCCUGUCCCGAUUCCUCCAGGAAAACUCCUCAGAUCCCACCUACACCAGCUCACUGGGCGGUAAGAUCCCGAUCCGCUGGACUGCCCCGGAGGCAAUCGCCUUCCGGAAGUUUACGUCUGCGUCAGACGUGUGGAGCUAUGGUAUCGUUAUGUGGGAGGUGAUGUCAUUUGGAGAAAGACCCUACUGGGACAUGAGUAACCAGGAUGUGAUAAAUGCCAUAGAGCAGGAUUAUCGGCUGCCCCCGCCCCCCGACUGCCCCACCCACCUACACCAGCUGAUGUUGGACUGUUGGCAAAAAGAAAGAACGGCCCGCCCCCGUUUCGCCGACAUCGUCAGCUCAUUGGAUAAACUCAUACGCAACCCCGCCUCCCUCAAAAUCACAGCCCAGGAUGGAUCUGGACCCUCCCACCCAUUACUGGAGCAGUGGUCUUCCCCUGCUCUCUCCUCCUGUGGAUCAGUAGGAGAGUGGUUGAGAGCCAUUAAGAUGGAGCGGUAUGAGGAGAGCUUUGUGCAGGCCGGAUACACUUCCAUGCAGCUCAUCACACACAUCAACACAGAGGACCUGCUGCGUUUGGGGGUUACCCUGGCUGGUCAUCAAAAGAAGAUCCUCUCUAGCAUUCAGGCCCUGAGGGUUCAGACCAACAAGAGCCCUGCCAACAUCCUGUACUGAACACUCCUGUCCCAGGACACUAACUCA